GCACGCCGGAAGUGUUGGCGCGUUUGCGUAGACCACGUGUGCCGCCGGUCUGAGCAGUCAUGGCGGGCGCUCCGCCGUCAAAGAAGCCGAAUUUGCAGUCAAAGGACGGCGCAGAGAGGGUUGACUGGAAGAAGCGCAGUGCCGAACGAAAAGAAGAACGCAAACGGUGGAAAGAAGCAAGGCUGAUUAAGGCGUUGGAGAAGCAGAAGUGUCAAGAACAGGAGGAUCAGGAGCAACAGGCUCGAGAAGAGGAAGAGGCGCAGAGAAAAGGUCGCGAGUACACCGUGAGCGUCGCCUUGCCUGGAUCCGUGUUGGACAAUGCACAGAGUCCAGAGCUGCGCACCUACCUUGCGGGGCAGAUUGCCCGAGCUUGUGCCGUCUUCUGUGUUGAUGAGGUGGUAGUUUUUGAUGAGCAAGGAGAAGAGGCCAAGACCGUUGAAGGGGAGUUCAGGGGGAUUGGCAAAAAAGGACAAGCUUGUGUACAACUUGCCCGCGUCCUUCAGUACCUCGAAUGCCCACAGUAUCUACGCAAGUCUUUUUUCCCAAAGCAUCAGGAUCUGCAGUUUGCUGGAUUAUUAAACCCCCUGGACAGUCCUCACCACAUGCGGAUUGACGAAGAUGCUGAGUUUCGAGAAGGUGUGGUGUUGCAGAGGCCGAGCAAGCCAGGGAAAGGCUCUUAUGUCAACUGUGGGAUGCGUAAGGAAGUGCAAAUCGAUCGUCAGGUACAAGCUGGACUCAGAGUCACUGUCCAGAUGAACAAGACCCAUAAUUCAGAAAGCCGAGUCUAUCGAGGGAAAGUGGUCGCUCCACACAUCCCAAGAACCAAGUGUGGACUCUACUGGGGUUACAACGUCCGACUGGCCUCGUCUCUCAGCAUGGUGUUGGCCGAGUGUCCCUACAAAGAGGGCUAUGACCUAACGAUUGGGACGUCUGAGAAGGGCAGCAGUGUGGAUGACGUCUGCCUGUCCCCCUUUAGGCACCUUCUUGUCGUGUUCGGAGGGCUUAAUGGUUUGGAGGCCAGUGUGGAUGCCGAUGAGAAGCUGGACAUCACUGACCCCAGUGUUCUUUUUGACCUCUAUUUGAACACGUGCCCAGGCCAAGGUAGCAGAACAAUACGGACGGAGGAGGCCAUUCUUGUUUCUCUGUCUGGAUUACGACCAAAAAUCAACAGAGCUUUUGGAAAGUCAGCCACGUGAUGAUGAAGAUGAUGAAGAUGAUGCAGUAAGCCCUGGAUUUUGUUGCUUUUCUUUGUUUGUAGUCAGGGGACCCCUGAAGUUCCUGUUGAAAUCAUAGAAGCUGGUGCUGCCUUCACUGGUCGAUGGUGGAGCUGGAAAUUGGACUUGAGUGUUGAGCUUCUGCUCGCUUUGUAUGUGAAGACCCCCUGUGCUCAAGUCCUGUACGUGUUCCCUUUUUAUAUACACAAAUAGUACAAUUCAAGCAGUUACUUCCUACUGCUCCUCUGUUUUUGGCAUAUUAAAUCAUCUGACCAACUUUAA